CAGUUCAGUUCAGCACAUUUCAGUCAAUAAGAACAAGCCUUAUAAUGAAACACCUUUUUGUAUACUAAAAAUAUAGAAUAGAUAAUUCCAUAUGUAACUAUAUAAGUAUGGUGCGUGAUUAGUCACGUUAAAAAAAGUGGAGAUUGAGCCAAGAAAAAAUAAAUUAACUUUUAGAGAAUCAAUAGAACAAAAUAAAAAAAUAUGGAUAUGGACUUGGUCAAGCAAAGUCUAAAUGCCGAAAUGGUACUAUAAUAUUUGAUGGUCAAUAUUGAAUCUAAUAAAACAAGUAGAAUUAUGAUGCAUUUGUAACACUUACCGUGCUUUGUGAUAAUCCACUACUUCUUCAUAAAUUUUGUGAAGCAAAUAAUCUAAACUUGAACAAAAAUAGGAAUUUGAGCCAAAAAUUCACACUACUUGCACACUUGUUGCAAUAUUUAGUAUAUUACUAUAUUUGUUAAUUACUUGCAUUUUCGCUUUAAAAGCUUCACUAAUCCGAAAUAAAAUAAAAUUAAACUUUAACAUAAAUCUCUAGCUCUUAAUCUCAACAAAAGAAAAUUACAAAAAAAGAUUAAAAAAAAAAAAUCUCUCUUACUUAAAAAAAAAAAGGUUCAAUGAGUUUAGUAGCGUUGGUAUCAAUACUAGUUGUUAGCUUGCAACUAAAUUGGGUUAAUGGGGCACCAAAAGUGCCUUGUUUCUUCAUAUUUGGAGACUCACUAUCAGAUAGUGGCAAUAACAAUAACCUUAUAACAACGGCCAAGUGCAAUUUUCCACCCUAUGGAAUAGAUUUUCCUAACGGCCCUACCGGAAGAUUUACUAAUGGAAGGACAACCGUUGAUCUUAUUGGUGAUCAUCUUGGUUUACCGCACUAUAUCAAACCCUUUGCAAGUAUACCAGAGGAUGAAAUUAUGGAUGGUGUUAACUAUGCAUCUGGUUCUUCGGGUAUUCUCGAUGAAACGGGUUUUCAAGUGGGGGAUCGAGUUUGUAUGAAUAAACAGGUGAAUAAUCACAGAGAAGUAGUAUCAAAGAUUAAAAAUAAACUAGGCUCUAAAAAUGCUGGUAUUCACCUCAACAAAUGCCUAUACUCCAUCUAUGUUGGAAGCAACGACUGGAUGUUUAACUAUUUUAUGCGACCAACUGUUAUGGCCACACACAUGAUUCCCGGUGUCUAUGCUGAUGAACUCAUUAAAGAAUUAACCGGUCAAAUCAAUACUAUUAUUAGCCUGGGAGCAAGGAAGAUCAUAUUAUUUGGGCUCUCACCACUUGGUUGUCUUCCAAUACUAAAUUUAGUUCAGACUUGUUCAGGAUUCAUCAAUGGUGUAUUGAAGGAUUAUAAUCACAAGUUGAAAUCGCUAGUUUAUAAUUAUAACAGCAAACACCCAGGAGUCAAAUUGGUGUUCAUAAACAGUAUGGAUAUCAUCUCUGCAAAUAAUCUUGAAAAUCUUGUUAGAGUGGGAUUGAAAAAUACAAAUCAACCAUGUUGUGGAGUGGCAGCAGAAUGUAUCCCAUUUAGUCCACCAUGUAGCGAUCGAAAAGCACGAGCAUAUUGGGAUCAAGAACAUCCUACCGAGGCUGCUAACAAGAUUUUGGCUUCAAGAGCCUACAAAGCCAAAAUGUCCACGGACACUUAUCCUAUGGACAUAAGCGCUUUAGCGGCUCACCACUAAAACCAGUGCAUUCAACUACAAAAUACAAAAACAAACAGAUACGGAAUACAAAGAGCUAACAUUUGAUGUGGUUGCGCUUGUCAUUUUCGACAGGGCUCGUGCACGGUGCACAAGCUUCUCAAAUAACUUCAAUUUUUUUUCUUCAAAUUUAGCCAUUUAGGUGAGUCGUGAAGAAAAAUAAGAGCCAUGGCACAAUUGGUUAGUCCAAUUAGUCCCAUGACGCGAUUUAAACGUUUUAAAUUGCACAAACAAUCUCCCAUUUGUGAGUUAACAAACAAUUGAAAACUUGUAAUCACACAUUUGCAAAAUAUAAUGGAAAUACAGCAGCUUUGAUCAAUUUUUUGGAUACUAUUGGCAUUAAUAGACUUGUUUUUUUUUUUUUUUUUAUUGACUGACUAAUUUUGUAUUAUUUUUUGUACCAAUAUUACAUUACCCAAAAAAAUAAUCCAAAAUAAAGAUUCAUCUAUAGUUCAUCCUAAGAGACUUAGAAAUGGCUCCAUGACUAAAAUAGCCCUCAACAUGGAUGGCUUUCCUCUUUCUGAUAUUCGAUUCGGGGGCGAAAGUAUAGAUAGGCAGGGGAAUUAACAGAGGAAUAGAUCUUGAAUAAAGUGGUGAUUUGAAGAGAUGGGUGAUAUCUUGAAGAGGCCUUCUAGCAGAUAUUCUGCGGCAUUUGAGACACUUGCUUUGAAAUUGAAAAACUGUGUUUGUGACUUGCUUUGAUGAAGUGAAAGGUGGGAUGUUCUCCUUGUUAGCCUGCAUUGAACUUACCAUUUUACUUUUAUGAGGAAUGGAGGAAGAUGAUUGACCCCAAAGAGACAAGACCUCGAAGACCGGCUUUUCGAGCCGGCUGGAUGAUAAUGUGACAAGCAACACAAGUUUUGAUUGAGAGAGAUUUUAGGGGUGUUGAGUGAAUGAAAUAUGAGUUGAAGAAAAUGAGCUAUAUAGGAGAAAAAGGAGGGAAAUAUGAAACUUUUUUUUUUUGGGGUGUAUUUUUAUUCAAAUUAUGUUUGAGUUUUGAGUUUGGAGGGAGAAAAAUAUGUGAAAAAUAUGUGAGUUUUAAGGGAAUAGCGCAAAGUUGAAAUUACACCUGAAAAUUUUGCAACCAAAAAACGCAUCUAUAAAAUUCAAUUUUAGGUAUCACCCUUUUUGUAUUAUUAUUUGAUGUGCUUGUACGGAGCACUUCUUACUCCCUUAGGCUAGGGAUAUUCAAAAAUAUCAGAUCUGUUUUGUUCAAAAUUCCGAUGAUUCGACUUGAAAUUUUGGAUAUUUAAUUCGGUUAUACAAUUUCAAAUAAUUUGAAUUAGAAAUUCAAAAAAAAAUAAAAAAUCGGGCUUUUGGAUCAGAUACAAAUUGGAAUUUUUUCAAAUAUUUUAGCAACCCGUUUAUACGAUCUGAAAUUUUGGAUUGAAUUUGGAUUGCAGUUCGUUACAUAAAAUGUCUUUCACCGACCCUCUUAUAAGAAGGAUGGUUAUUUAACAAUUUAAGUCAAUUAUCAUCUAUCCUAUAAUAUGAAAAUAAAUGUAUACUUCUUCUGUUUUUUAAUACUUGCAAUACUUUUUUUAAAUGA